AUGGAAAAACUUGUCCUUCCCCUAAUUUUACUUGUCAUUUUCUCUAUCUUUAUUGUUGAAUCGGGUGCAAUCGUGCCUAAAUUCGUAGAGUCACAAUGCAAGCACACUCGUUAUCCAGGUCUAUGUGUGAGUUCGUUAGCAACACAUUUAAAUCCAACGUCACAAGAUCCUCAAGAAAUAGCUCAAGCUGCUUUAAAAGUGAGUAUAGUUAAGGCAGUAUACACAAAAAACUACUUGCAAAUAGUAUCGAAAGAACUGAAACAAAAAAAGGCUAAGGAAUAUCAAGCGGUUAAAGAUUGUUUAGAUCAAAUGUCAGAUAGUGUUUCUGAGCUUACAAAUUCAUUCAAAGAGUUUGAACACAUGAAGAGUGCAGAAUAUAGUGAAGGGGAUUUUGCUUGGUGUCAAAGCAAUGUGCAAACUUGGCUAAGUACUGUAUUGACUGAUACAUAUAUUUGUAUGGAUGGAUUUUAUGGGUACCCAAUGGGUGGUAAAAGGAUGGCUAUGAUUAAAGCUAGGGUACUUAAUGUUGCACAAGUUACUAGCAAUACGUUGGUUUUGUUUAAUGGAUUUGCAGCUUGGCAUAGAGCUAAUUCUAAUGGUGGCUUUAAAAAUAAACCUUAAAGCAAGAAGCAAGGUUGCAUAUAUAUAAA